CCUUUUAGAAUCUCCCUCUUCUCUCCAAGAAGUAGUUCAACUGUGGGAAUUCGAAUCUAAACUCUCUGAGCUUCUUCUUCUUCUUCUUCUAACUACUUCUUUCGCCGUUUCCAUCUUAUUCAUAGACAGCCAGCCUCAAUGGCUCUUCGAGUAACAUUAUUAAUUGCUUUAUUAUUACUCCUUUUUACUUUUCAAUUAUUCAUCAAUUGCGUUAUUUCCACCACAACCUUUGUCAUGGUUAAUAAAUGUGACUACACAGUAUGGCCAGGCAUUCUCUCCAACCCCGACUCACCCACUCUCUCCACCACCGGUUUCGCCCUCCAAAAGAAUCAGUCCAAAACUAUAACCGCCCCAACUUCAUGGGGUGGCCGCAUAUGGGGUCGAACUCUUUGCUCCCAAGACUCCACCGGAAAAUUCUCAUGCGUUACAGGCGAUUGCGGCUCUAACAAGCUUGAAUGCUCCGGAAGUGGCGCUGCUCCACCUACCACUCUGGCAGAAUUCAAGCUCGAUGGCUAUGGUGGGCUUGAUUACUACGAUGUCAGUUUGGUUGAUGGGUACAACCUUCCAGUGCUCGUCGUUCCUCAGGGGGGCACUGGUCAGAAUUGUUCAACAACGGGAUGUAUGGUGGACUUGAACGGCGCGUGUCCUUGGGAGCUUAAAGUAAUGAGUGAGGAUGGAAAAGAAGAGGUAGCUUGUAAGAGCGCGUGCGAAGCUUUUCAACAGCCACAAUACUGUUGCAAUGGAGCGUACAGUACGCCGGACACUUGCAAGCCAUCUUCGUACUCUCAGAUCUUCAAGAAAGCAUGCCCACAAGCAUACAGCUAUGCCUACGAUGACAAAUCCAGCACCUUUACAUGCGCCUCUGGACCCGCUUACACUAUCACCUUCUGUCCGGCACCUAACACCAGCCAAAAAGCCUCUCAGGGUACUAAAAGCACUGACCCUACAAGUACAACUACUACCAACUCAGUCUCACCAGUCAUCAGCAGCACCAUGGUGUACCAGGGUGCAUUGGAUCAAAGCGCUGCAUCAUCUUCUUAUAGACACGUGUUGGGAUCAUAUGGCAUGAUCAGCAUGACGAUGGCAAUCUGGAGUGUGAAAGGGUUAUGGUAGGGCCGUUGGUAUGUGUCGUUGUCGUUUCAUGCGUGUAGCCUAGGUACAAUAUAGAUUUUUUUGUGUAAGCAAAAUGUCAGAUAAGGCAUUGGGUCCCAGGUGACGUGGAGAUUGAUGGCUUGGCUGCUAUUCUUUUGUCUCUUUCCUCAAACAAUAAAAAAUGUAAUAGAGAAAUUGAAAUAUGAGGAAUUUUAUUUUAUUUUAGGGUAGGCUGGCUGUCAUGUCAUGUCAUGUCAUGUCAGUAAUAGGAGGAGGAGGGGAUUCAUUUGUUGGUUCCUAGAAUGUAAACACCGCAUUGAUGCCAAUAAAAUGAUUUUUCGUGUUUGGUUUGUCUAA